GGGGAGCCUCCUCCAGUGCGCCCUACAUCUGCACCAAGAUCACAACCAUGGCGGGGGGAGACGGCAAGGACAAGAAGGUUGAACAGACUGAAUAUAAGUUUGCAACGAAACCCGUGGAGAAGACAGGAUGGGAGGGGUUCACCACGUUUCUCUGGAAUUCAGAGACCAGCGAGUUCUUGGGCAGAACCGGAAUGAGCUGGCUUAAGAUUGGUGUCUUCUAUAUUAUAUACUACGCCUUCCUCGCCGGGUUUUUCAUGGGAAUGCUCUGGAUCUUUUAUCAGACUUUAGAUAUGAAGGAACCAAGAUGGUUAAAUUCAAACGGAAUCAUUGGAUCAAAUCCAGGGGUCGGGUUCAGGCCCAUGCCGCACACCAAUGAUAUUGAAUCUACCCUGGUCUGGUUCAGACACGGAGAAGAUAAUGGAAACUGGGAACCAUGGGUCGAGAGAUUAGAAAAAUUUCUCAAGGAUUAUAAGAACGACACAGUAACCAGCGACAUGGUGGAUAGAGUAGAGUGCGGAGAACUGGCUUCAAGGCCACCCGGAAAUAACCAGAUAUGCAAGAUUAAUAGAGAAGAACUGUUCCAAGGUGACUGUACAGCUGAAAACCAUUAUGGAUAUAAGAAUGGUCAGCCUUGUAUUCUCAUUAAACUAAACAAGAUAUAUGGCUGGGUGCCAGAGAUCUAUAACGUCAGUAAAAACAAUCUGCCAGAGAAAUUCCCCGCCAGCAUCAAGAAGGCUAUGGAGGAAAAUGUUAAGAACGAUAAGGACGCCUUGAACAACAAGGUGUGGAUUGAGUGCAAAGGUGAGAAUCCUGCAGAUGUAGAGAAUGCUGGGGAACUGAUAUACUAUCCUGAUCAGGGAGUAUCGGCAAACUACUUCCCGUAUCGGAAUCAGGGAGGAUAUCUGAGCCCUGCUAUCUUUAUCCAACUCACGAACCCAAAGAAAGGUGUCAUGAUUGCUAUUGAGUGCAAAGCUUAUGCCCAGAACAUCGUGCACGAUUCCAUGGAGAGAAGAGGGCUGGCACAUUUCGAGGUGAUGAUUGAUUAAGUGAUUAGUUGAGGUGUAGUCAAUGGUUAGAUAACUGGCGGUACAACUCGUUCCAGAAUUUGAAACAAAAUGGCGCCGGUUAGCCACGCCGUAGUUUCAAAUAAUGACGCUAGAAGGUGCUAGUGCUGCUAGUGUAUUUUGUGAAUAAACAAUUGCCAGUUUGCAACCAGUAGUGUUAAACAUAUAAGAAAAGGCAGCUCAAACCACAUUUGAGAAAUUAGAUCUUAAAGUUUUGAAACUAUGUUGUGUUUUAUGCAAUAUAGUUAGGAAUUUUAGCAAAAGUUUUAUUAUUUUCAACAUGUUGAAUGUUAAAUCCACCCCGUUCAAUAAACGCUAUAUUAUUA